AUGGAAAAGUACCAUCAGAUGACGGCGACAACGUCAAAACCGAGGGGAAUGAACGAAACAAACCCACUGAGGGGAAAACGAGAAAAUGCUCUGCGAGUAGAAUGGAUACCAGGAGCAAUGCAACUUUUUGCAUCAAGUGCAUCGGUGUUUUUUCUCGCCCUGAUUUCCCUCGAGCGCGCUUUUGCCGUGUUAAAACCGUUGCGUCAUCGUGUUGUUAGCACUCGCGUUUACAUCUACAGUAUUGUCGUCGUAUGGGCUGUAGGAAUUUUGAUAUUUGGUCUGAUGGCUCUUUCCUUUUAUUACCCAAAGCUGGCGAGGGAGACUGUUCAUGUUGUUGUACAUUUUUGCCUUUUUAUCUCUUUUGUGAUGAUUUGCGCGAGCUACCUCAAAAUACGAACACGAUUGAGCAGCACUGGACCUGAAGUAGCCCUUGUCAACGGCCGUCAAACUACUGAGUAUAACGUACGACUUUCAAGGACUCUGUUCGUGGUGAUCGCUUUGUCGCUGCUGUUUUGGCUGCCAGCGUUUUCUGUUUACAUAGGUAGGGACAUAUGCAAGAGGUGUUUUCACCCAUACGUGAUAUGGACGGUCAAUGUUUUACAUCUUGCCAAUUCUUUGGUUAAUCCAUUCGUGUACAGCUUCAGGAUGCUGGUAUUCAAAGAAGCGUUGGAGAAAUUGUCGAGACGGCGAAGGCACGUUAUUGGAACAAGAAAUAUCGAGGCUACAAGUCUGGCUUUGAGUCCAUCUUCUACUUCGAGGAUGAAUCACACCGGUUUCUCGGCUGCCGCAACAUGUGGGGGUUCUCAGUUAAAGCUCUGUACGGAAAGUGGAGAUCAGGUUAUUACAGCGAGUUCACCGAAGCUUCCACCUGCAGUCAGCGCUGCUUGCAAUGUCGCAAGACAAGCAACUACUCAAUAA